AUGUCGACCACCGCGGCCACGCACGAGGCGCUCGAUCCGGACGAGAUCGCGAUGCUUCGACGGCCGCAAUCGAUGGCGUACCUCCCCGAGGACAUCAUCGACUACGAGUUCCUCUUUGACCUCCCUCAUCGCUUUGUGUUACGGCAACUCGGGCUCGAGGUGGUCGCCGCGAGCUUCGUGGCAGGGAAUUUGCGAAGGCGCUCACGGGAGGAGGUCCGCUCGGGCGUCGCCGCGCUGCUCCGGGAGACGGGGCGGGCGCCUUUUCAGGAAAUUCUCUCGCAGUGCGCGCGCGUAGGGGAAGCGAUGCUGCUGCUCGCGAUCUCCUGCACCCGCUGGGGAGGCCGCCACGACGGCAGGAGCGACGUGAAGCCAUCCGCCACGGGGUUCAUCCAGUCCUUUCUGAGGCUGGAGCUGCACCCACGCGAUCCGCACGAGCUCCUUCGGCUUCAAGAGCACUUCGAGGCGUACCGCCGAGUCUUCGCCUCCAUUUCUCAGGGGUUUUACGCCCCCGCGUUGCGCGCCCUGCAGUGCGUGGAGUAUUUCCCCAGCACGAUUAGCGAUCACGCCGCCUACGCGUCGUCGCCGUUGGUGCGGGAGCGGCGGCGGCGCUGGCGGCGAUUCCUCCACGCGCGGGAGCUUCGCUUCGAUCCCGACGGGCGCAUCGUCGGCGGCCUGAAGCUGCAACGGGGGAUAACGAUGCGGCAUGUGUGGUUUGCCUACCCACAGCUCCGCCAUCACCUCUCGCGAGGGCGAGGAGGGGAGAAUGAAGAAGCGUGGGAAGAAAAAGAGGAAGAAGGGGGAGAGAGAGAGCGGGGAGAAGAAGAAAACGAAGAAGAAAGCGGCGUCCUGCGGCCUACGUUGGUCGACGUCUCGCUUCACCUGCCCGCGAAAGGGGCGACGACAAUCAUCGGGCCGAGCGGAUCCGGCAAGAGCACCCUCGCGGGGCUGUUAAAGCGCGCCUACGACCCGCUGGUAGGGGUGCGCGUGGAGGGGGGAGGAGCGGGGGAUCGCAGCGCGGCGGUCUGGACGGAGGCCGUCCUCGCCGAGGUGGUUCGCCUGCAGGGAAUCGAAAGCCCCCUCCCUCUGCCUCCUUCGUCAUCCUCAUCGUUAUUUUCCUCUUCUUCCUCCUCCUCCUCCUCUUCCGCGUCGUCGUUGGUGGAAGGCGGCGCGGACGAGGGGAUGGCGGGCUCGUCGAUCCGCGUUUCGCUGCAUCAGCCGGGCGGCCUCCGCGUGGACGGCCUCCCGCUCGCGUGCCUCUCCACGACCUACUGGCGGCGGUGGCUCGCCCAGCUCGAGCAGUUCCCUUUGAUCGACCCCACCCGCAGCUUCCGCGCGAAUCUCCGCUGGAUGAGCGAGGAGGUCGUCGAGGCGGACGUCCUCGAGGCGGCGCGGCGGGGGGGCUGCAUGGAGUUCAUCCACGCCACGCCCCGCGGCCUCGAGAGCGCGGCCGAGGGGCUUAGCGGGGGGGAGCAGCAGCGCCUCGCCCUCGCCCGCGUCGUGGCGGCGACGCUCGCGCGCCUGCGAGGGGAGCGGAUCGCCGCCACGAUGCCGCUGUCCCCUGCCCGACUGAACGCAGGAGAGGAGGGGGCGGGCGGCGGGCUGCUGCUUGACGAGCCCAGCAGCCGCCUCGACGCGUGCAACGAGCGGAGGCUGCGGGAGGCGGUGGAGGGGCUCGCGCGGGAUCUCCCGCUGAUGGUCGUGAUCAUCGCCCACCGGCUUGGAAUGGCUCGCUUCGCCACGCAUAUGAUCGUGAUGGAAGGCGGCCGCGUGGUUGGGGAGGGGCCCUUUGAGGAGCUGCUGCGCGGGAACGACUUUGCUCGGCAGCAGGCAUCCCUGCAGACGCUUUUAACCUCCCCCGCCUCCUCUGGAGAGUAG